AUGGACUAUAGCCAGCUUACCGUCGCCAAGCUCAAGGAUGAAUUGAAAGAACGCGACAUCCCUAGCACCGGCCUCAAGCUCAAGAAGGACUUUAUCGAUCGUUUGGAGCAGCACGACCUGGAGAACACUUCCGCAGAAGACCCUACGUCUGCUCAACCUGCUGAUUCGGAUCCGCUCACUACCACCGCUUCAACUACUGCGACGCACCCUCCUACUGCUACCGAUCCUCCUGCUUCCACGCUUUCACUACCAGUCACCGAGCACAAGUCAGAAGAAGACAAUGUGGACCCCGCUCAAGAGACAACUACGGUCCUUGCUCCAUCAUCACCCAAGCCUGGGGUCAUGGACCACUCACCAACCGCCGCUAAUUCUGAGCCUGCCACACUGGAAGAGUCUGCCUCAGCCGACGCUAAAAAGAGAAAGAGAAGCAGUCCCAGUCCUGAUGAACCUCAAGACCUUGUCCACAAGAAGCUGAAGCAAGACACUGAAGGCGGCCAAGAUGCUGUCGAGAGCGACGUAGCUAUGCCCGACGUUCCACUGGAGCAAUCCGACAUCACCCUUCAGCCCAUGUCCACCAGCGACGACUUGACCCAGCCAUUCAUCAACGACCAAGACAAGCCCAGAUCAACACGGAGUCCCAAUGAGCGUCGUUUCAAGAACCUCAUCAAUCCUGCCGAGUCCGAUUCCGUCCAGCCCGCAUCCGAGCCCGCCGAUGUUGCUGUAUCUCCUGCGAUUCACCCUGCCACUCGUGCUCUGUACAUCCGUCAUCUGGUUCGUCCAAUCAACCCUAGUGCCUUGAGAGAUCACCUUGAAGACAUUGCCAGACCUCCGGACCAUUCUGACACAUCCGCGUCCUUGGUUGAAGAAUGUUAUGUCGACGCUCUUCGCACACACGCCUUUGUCCUGUUUACAUCCAUCUCUGCUGCCUCCAGAGCACGAGCUAGCACCCACGCUCGAAUCUGGCCAUCAGAGCCCAUGCGUAAGCAACUAUGGGCAGACUUCUUCCCCGAAGAGCGCUUCCAAGAAUACCUUGAUACUGAGCGGGCAAGCGGUGGCUCAAAACCUAGUCAGGCAAAACGCUGGGAGCUUGCUUACAAUCCCCUCGAUGACGGUGUUGAUGUACAGCUUAUCGAGGCAGGUCCUGCUGUCGUUCACCGUGCUUCGACGCAUGCUGGCGCACCAAAUGCUCCUCCCACUGGGCCAAGGGGCAGCAUGUCGAGCGGAAGACGUCCUCCGUUUGCCCAGGGUGAACAAAGACGUCCCUCGUUUGCUCAGAGUGAACAGAGACGUUCUCCUCAGCCUGUUCUCGCACCACCACCUCCACGUCGCAGCUCGAGGGUAGUCGAAGAAGCCACCGCCCCUUUCCUUGAGUUGGACAAGCUCUUCAACUUUACCUCAACCAAGCCAAAGCUAUACUGGCAGCCAGUAAGUGAUAAUCUCGCCGAUGACAGGCUCGACGAGCUCGAUCGUGAGACCAGUAGAGACUGGGAUCCACGAGCCGACAUGAAGAGGAAUGGUGACUCGCUGGGUCGCGGUCUCGAUCAGCUCAAGCGGUAUACCUUCGAGGAUGGCGAUGUUCUUGUCGAUGGAGGUCCAGAGUUUGGAGGAGGUAGAGCAUUUGCGCGAGCUGGCAAUCGUGGACGUGGUCGAAGGAACGGAGAUAGAUACCAUGGGCAUUAG